UGUCAUUGUCUUGCUUGGAUUUAUAAUCUUCACCGAACACGACGCCUGUGGAGUCGAACUCUCGCGGAAACUCCCAUCUGUUCAGCAGGGGCACUCCGGCAAAUGAUCCGCCAUUGACUUUAGAGAGAGGGAGAGAGAGCCCAGUGACCGUCGUCGACGUUCUGCCUAUGUAGAGAGAGACUGAGAGGUCAGUCAUGGACUCAUGGUCGUUGUCAUUGAGUUCUGGCAGUGACAGUGAGUAACAGAAACAGGGAGUGGUGGGGUGCCUUCUUCCUCCCUCCUAUUGACCUCUUCCUCCGUCGUUCGCUUUACGCUGCCACAAAUAACACGGCAACUCUAUCUCUCCCUCUAUCUGCAAUUACCACCAUUCCCAUCUAUUUCUCUGUCAUUGUCCAUGGCCACCCUCACCACCUCUGCCAUCUGCAAUUACCACAAUUCCCAACUAUUUUUCUGUCAUUGUCCAUGGCUACCCUCACCACCGCUGCAAUCUAUCCACCUGCUCACUGUAGUAUAAAAAUGAAGAAGAAGAAGAGCAGUGAGGCAAAGGGAAACGCACAGGGCUCGAGAGAGAGAGAGAGAGAUAUAUGAUGCCGGUCGUCAACUGCCCCAACUGCAGGAAGACGCUGCGGCUGCCGGCGGGGGCACAGUCCAUCAGGUGCACCACCUGCAAUGCCGUCUCUAGAAUCUCGAACCCCACGUCGUUCCCUCCCCCUCUCCCUUCUUCCUCCUUGCCUUCGCCUGGUCCCCGUUCCUCCUACGCCCCACCACCGCCCCCAACUGGAGGUUCCAGUCCGUUGGUGUACUCUCCGGCGCUGCCCUCGGCGCAUGGUCCGAAGAGAGCCGUCAUUUGUGGUAUAUCAUACCGUGACUCCUGCUACGAGCUCGAGGGGUGCAUCAAGGAUGCCAAGUACAUGAAAUACCUCCUCGUCAACCGAUUCAAUUUCCCGGAGUCCUCCAUCUUAAUGCUCACCGAUGAAGAAACUGAUCCUUCUAAAAUACCAACCAUCCGUAACUUGCGGAGGGCAAUGACUUGGCUUGUGCAUGGCUGCCAACCAGGAGAUUCCUUGGUAUUUCACUUCUCUGGUCAUGGUUCACAAAUCCGUGAUAUUGAUGGUGAUGAGGUUGAUGGAUACGAUGAAACACUGUGUCCUCUGGACUUUGAAACAGAAGGAAUGCUUGUUGAUGAUGAACUCAAUGCAACCCUUGUCAGACCGCUUCCUUGUGGCGCCAGGCUUCAUGCAAUUAUCGAUUGUUGUCACAGUGGCACGGCCUUGGACUUGCCUUUCGUUUGUAGGAUGGAUAGGAAUGGACGGUAUGGAUGGGAGGACCAUAAUCCCCCAUCAGGUAUCUGGAAAGGAACAAAUGGUGGUGAGGUUAUUUCAAUUAGUGGUUGUGAUGAUCAUCAGAACUCUGCAGAUACUUCGGCUCUCGCCGAAGUUAUCAGUGCUGGUGCCAUGACUUACAGCUUCAUUCAGGCAAUUGAGCGUGGAGCCGGAGCUACAUAUGGUAGUCUACUGAAUGCAAUGAGAAAUGCAAUACAUAAUGCAGAUACUGAAAUUGAUGGUGCUCCUCUCACAACCCUUCUCAUAAUGCUUCUUACGGGUGGCAACGAAGUUAGAAGUCUGACCCAGGAGCCACAGCUGAGCUCCAGUGAAGCGUUUGAUGUGUACUCAAAGCCAUUCUAUCUUUGAUAAUCCACUUGCAGGAAGGCUUUAAUGCCAUCGUUUAUAAUCUGUCAAUGGCCAUGCUGUCUGUAGUCUGUUUCGAGUCUGAAUGUUCUUCUGCAACUUCUGCUGAUGUUCUACAAAGUCCACGCUCAUGCUUAUCUACAUCCAAACUCUUUAGGGAGCGUUCUAUAAGGAAUGAGUAUUAUGGAACUCAAGGAAUAUCAGAUGUAAUUUGCAUAAUUCCUUUGUCAUGCUUGCAUUUCUAUGAGAGAAAACAUCUGUGCAAUCUGUUUUUUCA